UUCGUUCUGUUUUUCGGUUGCUCUCUCUAGAAGUCAGGUCGUAUUGUAAGAGCGGGUAUUUUUGCAAUCUUUUAUAAUUCAGUUGCUGUUGGUGGUUGCGAUUAUUUCUCACUUUGAAAGCCUCUCUCUCUUCCUUCCUCCUUCUAUCUCUCCUUGAUGUUUUUCUCUCUCUAAAAUUGGCUCCGUAUCCACUUCCUCCCUUCUGAUAACAUUCACGAAGAUGCUUGCUUUAUGCAGAGCCGUGACUUGACCUGCCUGCUCUGCCCACUCUCUCUCUCUGCAGCUUUGCUGUAAUUUUGGAUUCGUAGGAUUCGAGCUUGAUCUGGGAUGGGAAGGACAACCCAUUGGGGUCGUGCAAUUGGGGAGCUUUCUAGCCGGAUUCGGGGACAAUGAUUCGUGGUGAAAAAGUUGGUAUUCUGAAUUGGAUCUUCUUACAUAGAUCUGCUUUCCUGAUCUGAAAAGGGAAGAGAGAAAUAGAGAUAGAGAGGGGGUUAUUGAAAGAGCAAAGUGUUUUCCUUUCCUGGAAAAGUGAAAAAUUCAAGUGCUUGCUGGGGAAUUCUGUAGCAAUUUGGUCGCAGAUUGUAAUUAAGGUGGAUUAAUCUGAUCAAAAGUGAGUGAAUUUAGUGGAUUGAUUUGGAUGGUUAAUCAAAGGCCGUGAAAUUGAAGGGCGUUGGGGGUUAUUUGCGACAGUUUGCGACGACGGAUCCGUCGAUAAAAAAGAGUGCGGGGUUGUAUUGCUCAUCAGCUGGUCUGGAGUGCCUACUAAACAUUAUCAGGGCCCUGAGAAUGGGUUCCUGCUUGUCUGUAGAAAGCAGGAGCCCUCUGCCCGAUACGCCGUCGUCUCCCCCCUAUGAAGUCCGGCGGCGGAAGAGCUCUAAGAAGAGAAUGGGGUCGAGAAAUUCGUCCUUCGAUUACCGCCGGGAAGAACAGCUGCACAGAAUUCCCGGGAGAAUGUUCCUCAAUGGGUCCAGUGAAGCUGCAUCUUUGUUUACGCAGCAGGGCAAGAAAGGAACCAAUCAGGAUGCCAUGAUUGUUUGGGAGAAUUUCUGUUCGAGAACAGACACAGUUUUCUGUGGUGUUUUCGAUGGGCAUGGUCCAUUUGGUCAUAUGGUUGCUAAAAGAGUGAGGGACUCUCUUCCUCUGAAAUUGAGUGCAAACUGGGAAGUUCUCAAAGAGAUCAGCCUCAACACUGCAGGAAGCUUGAAUUCAGAUGAUACUGCUUUUGUAUCUGUUGAUGAAGAUCUCAGGCCCUCCGUGGAUGUUGACGAAACAGAAAAAAACCCUGAGAUCCUUCAGACACUGAGAGAGUCAUUUCUGAAGGCUUUUAAAGUUAUGGACAGGGAGCUGCGAACAACACCAAGUAUCGAUUGCUUUUGCAGUGGGACAACAGCAGUAACUUUGAUUAAACAGGGUCGGGAUUUAUUCAUUGGAAAUGUUGGGGACUCCAGAGCCGUUCUGUGCACAAGAGAUAGAGAUGACACUCUAAGUGCAAUUCAGUUGACCGUGGAUCUCAAACCAAGUCUUCCAGCGGAAGCAGAGAGAAUACGGAAGUGUAGAGGGCGCGUUUUUGCUCUUCAGGAUGAACCUGAGGUUGCUCGAGUCUGGCUGCCAAACAAUGACUCUCCUGGUCUUGCCAUGGCACGUGCUUUUGGAGAUUUCUGCCUCAAGGAUUUUGGCCUCAUCUCUGUGCCAGAUGUAUCCUAUCGGCGUCUCACAGAGAAGGAUGAAUUUAUAGUCCUGGCGACAGAUGGGAUUUGGGAUGUUCUCUCUAACAAAGAAGUGGUAGACGUUAUAGCAACAGCCCCUGCACGUCCUUCUGCAGCUCAAGCACUGGUAGAGACAGCAGUUAGAGUGUGGAGACAGAAAUACCCAACUUCCAAAGUAGAUGACUGUGCUGUAGUUUGUCUCUUCCUUGACUUAGACUCAAACAUAGAAUCAACUGCUGCUAAUAACGGGUCAAAUGAGAAGGAGCAGCCUACUACAGCAGAUGAGGUAAAUGCUGAAGAAGAUCUCUCGGAGACAGCUUCUUUGGUCCGCGCGGGGACUGUCCGAACUGCUGAAGAGAUCCUUGCAGAUGAGGAAGAAGACGAAGAGGACGAAGAAGAAGAUGAAGAAGACGAAGAAGGAGGAGGAAGAAAGGAGAAUGCUGCAGAGGAAAUGAAUUCGGAACCAGGUGUAGAGUGGUCAGCUCUGGAAGGAGUUUCUCGGGUGAACACAUUAUUGAAUCUGCCCAGAUUUACGCCCACAAAAGAAGACGAGAAGAUGUGGAAGAAGGUUUGAAUUCCCCUGUUUGUUUCUCAUAUUAUAUAUUGAUAUCAUAAUUGUUUUGUAUUAUUUAUUCUUUUGCUUUGCCUACGUUAUUCUACAACACAAAAGUGAUUUGUAGGGUGAAAUGAAGGUUAAAAUUUUGACCGGAGAGGUGGUGUGAGGGAUCCUCCCGACUAUAUUAGCAAUGUCUGGGGAGAUUGGAAUAUUUUUUUGUGUAAAAAUCCAACUCUCCGACUCUUUUUUCUUUCUUUGUUUUGAAGAAAUUCAUGCAUUUCGAUGUGUGGAUAAUAAUUUUGUGAGAAUGAACGAAUGAAGUUUCGUCUUAGUUUUCA